AUGGUGAAACUGACGAUGAUUGCGCGCGUCCUGGACGGCCUCCCUCUCGCGGAAGGAUUGGACACCGACGCCUCGCUCGAUUUAGAAUACUACAAACAACAAGCGAAAACGCUGUUUAAAAAACUCGGGCAGAACUCAUCGUCGCACGCGUCGGGCGCAGGAGGAGCACCGCCGUCGAGGAUGUCGUACGAAUCCGGAGAGUACUUCAUGCACUACGUGAUCGAAAGCGGGGUGUGCUAUUUGACCUUGUGCGAGAGGAAUUACCCGAAGAAAUUAGCGUAUUCGUACUUGGAAGGUGAGAGCAAACAGAACUCGUUUUUGUUCUUCGCGCGUAUUCGAUUCGAUUGA